ACUGUGAAAUGAUCCCACUUGGUUUUGCCAUGUUCCUGUCUCAGCAGGAUGAGCUGGAAUUCAGCAUGGGACCAGAAAAUGAAACAGCAGUUACUGAGUUCAUCCUAGAGGGUUUCCCAGAGCUUGAUCCGAGACUGCAGGUAUUUUUCUCUCGGGUCCUUCUGCUCAUGUACCUGACAACAGUGAUGGGGAAUGCAACCAUCAUUUUCCUCGUGUGUGUGGAUCACCAGCUGCAAACCCCCAUGUACUUUUUCAUCAGCAACCUGGCCUUCCUGGAGAUCUGCUUUACAUCCUCCACAAGCAUCAAAUUGUUUGUGAUGCUGAGCUCUGGUCAGAACACUCUCUCACGAAGCAGCUGCUUUGCCCAAAACUAUUUCUAUUUUGCCCUGGGCUGCACAGAGUUCAUCCUGCUCGUUGUCAUAUCCUUUGACCGCUAUGUUGCCAUCUGCCAACCUUUGCUCCAUGCUGCCAUCAUGAAGCCUCAGCUCUGUGUCCACCUGGUUGUUGCUGCUUGGGUCCUCGGCUUUGCCCUGCUGAGCUACCGGCUGUUCUUCCUCUCGGAGCUGUCUUUCUGUGGCUCCAAGAUCCCCCAUUUCCUUUGUGACAACCCCCCCUUGUUCAAACUGUCCUGCUCUGACACCAGCCUGCUUUGGAAAAUAGACUCUGUCUUCUUACCGUGUGUCGUGCUGGGUUCCUUAUGUUUGACUCUGGCAUUUUACACCUGCAUCCUUUUCUGUGUUCUGCAUCUUCCAGCAGCCUCUGGGAGGAAGAAAGCUUUGACUACGUGUUCUUCCCAUCUCAUCACCUUGUCCAUUGCCUAUGGGAGCUGCAUUGCUCUCUACACGUGUCCUGCAGAAGAUGUUUCCUUGAGGACCAACAGAAUUGUAGCUCUGCUCAACACAGUCCUGUACCCAUUCUUAAAUCCAUUCAUCUACAGCCUUUGGAACAAAUCUGUGAUCCUGGCCCUGAACAAAUCCAUUGCCAGGGCAAGAACAAAGCUUUUCCCCUAACCAUGGUGCAUUUCUGGAAAGCCAUCCCAAGAAUCUGAUGCCAUCUGUUGCACAAUACCAGUGCCUGUGAG